AUGCCUGCACAAAGUGAGCAGGUGGCUGUCCCCUAUAUUGUUCUGACUCAGAGACCAGAUUCUAUCAAGAAUGCUAUUGGUCAUCGAGGUGAGAGAGAGGGAGAAUUGGGGAAUCAGGCACCAAUUCUUAAAUGCCAGAUUCUUGAGGAGUCCAUGAAGCUCCUCUGGGGGCUAGAGUACAUAAAAGCAGUUGUCCAUUUCUGUGCUAGCUCCAGGUGGAGAAGGCCCAAAGGGAUCCCUCAAAGUCAGCAAGGAAACCACCUCCAGCUCCCAAAUUAUGUUUAUGAUUAUGUUUCUGAGGAAAGCACAGUGCAAAACCUCCCGAAGGUGGAUUCCUCAGGGGAGGAAAGUCUUCAGGAUGGACAGCUGCCUACUGGAGGGUUUUGGGGCUCAGAGAAGCACUGGGUGAUGUUAAAACAAGACUUAUAAAGUGUGUGUUGCACUGUCUGCUGUUCCAUAACUGAUUUGCUUGUUCUUUGUUAA